AAAGAAAUAAAGAAAAAAAAAUAGCGUACAUAAUUGAAAAAGAUUAACUCUCUUUCUUUACAAUAUUUAAGAAGGUAAACAUUAUUUUUGAAGAGGGUUUGGGAAAUUCGACAUGACAUUGAAAGAAACAAAGUGACAGAGUUUCAAAUGGGAGGUUGAUAACGAGAUAUAUCCAGUCGAAAGCGCAACUGAUUACGACCGUUAUGCACAAUUGAAAUCCUCUCGAGAAAGAAAUAAAAAACGAAAACUGAAAUACCGCCAAACGACAAAAAGCAAACGAAUAAGGGAACGAAAGCAUGUAAACACUAUAAGAAUGCAGAGAAAGAGAAGCUCUUUUAUCUUGUCGAGGAAAAAAGGAAUGAGCGUUCGUGCUUCUGCGAUGUAUCUUAAUACCAAUGUCCGCACAGCAUAAGGCUGGAUGGCCAAGAACAACAAAGCUCCUCAGGAGUAUAUUCAAAGAGCUACGAGCAGCGGAAGACCAGUGGGUAGAUCACCAAUCUUAACCAGGGAGCAUAAGGACCUCAUGAUUGAAUGGGCAGACGAAAAAAUCCGACUCCAUUACAUUAGACAAUAUGCCAAAUGUAUUAACUGAUAGGUUUGGCAAACUCGAUAUCAGUAAAAGCGGCUUUAACAAAUUUGUAAAGGAGAAAUGUAAAAUUACAUUCAAGCAAGCAUGUUUACAAUCCGUAGAGAGAAACAGCCCUGAAAAAUUUGAAGAGUUGUUAUAA